UUCUCCUGCCCGGGAACAGCGGCGGGAUGGGCCGGGAUGGGCUGGGAUCAUCCUGCCCCGAAGCACAAAGCCAGCCCCAAAGGCCUUCUCCAGCCCUGGAUCCCUCUUUUGCCCCCGAAUCCAUCCUCCACCCCUGAAUCUUUCCUCUCUUUGAGUCCCUUCUCCAUCCCUGAAUCCCUUCUCCAUCCCUGAAUCCCUUCUCCAUCCCUGAAUCCUUUCUCCAUCCCUGAAUCCCUCUUCUACCCCCAAAUCCUUUCUCCGUCCCCGAAUCCCUUCUCUGUCCCCAAAUCCCUUCUCCACCCCUGAACCCUUUUCUCCAUCCCUAAAUCCUUUCUCCAUCCUUUCUCCAUCCCUGAAUCCCUCUUCUGCCCCCAAAUCCCUUCUCCAUCCCCGAAUCCUUUCUCCAUCCCCGAAUCCGUUCUCCAUCCCUGAAUCCCUCUUCUGCCCCCAUAUCCCUUCUGCCCCCAAAUCUCUUCUCCAUCCCUGAAUCCUUUCUCCAUCCCUGAAUCCCUGUUCUGCCCCCAAAUCUCUUCUCCCUCCCUGAAUCCCUUCUCCAUCCCCGAAUCCUUUCUCCAUCCCUGAAUCCCUUCUCGAUCCCUGAAUCCCUCCUCUGCCCCCAAAUCCCUUCUGCCCCCAAAUCCCUUCUCCAUCCCUGAACCCUUCCUCUGGUCGUGAGUCUGUUCUCCAUCCCUGAAUCCCUUCUCUAUCCCUGAAUCCCUUUUCCAUCCCUGGAUCCUUCCUCUGUACCUAAGUCCCUUCUCCAUCCCCAAAUCCCUUCUCUACAAGGAUGAGCAAGGGCCCAAUUCCCUUCCUUGGGGCGAAGAGUUUGGGGCUCAAAAUGAAACGGGGACGAGCUGCAUCCCCAAAUCCCUCCACAAACAGCCUCAGGGAGGGAAUUUGGGUCUAAAUCCCAUCACAAGGGGCUGGAAAACGAAAUGGGGAUGAGCUGCAUCCCCAAAUCCCUCCACAAACAGCCUCAAGGAGGGAAUUUAGGGCUGAAAACAGGGAUAGGAACCAACUGGUGCCCAAACCCUCCACAAACAGCCUCGGGGAGGGAAUUUGGGUCUAAAUCCCAUCAUGAGGGGCUGGAAAACGAAAUGGGGACGAGCUGCAUCCCCGAAUCCCUCCACAAAGAGCCUCAGGGAGGGAAUUUAGGGCUGAAAACAGGGAUAGGAACCAACUGGAGCCCAAACUCCCUCCACAAACAGCCUCAGGGAGAGAAUUUGGGGCUCAAAAUGCAAUUAGGGAUAAACUGGAGCCCAAACCCCCUCCACAAACAGCCUCAGGGAGGGAAUUUGGGUCUAAAUCCCAUCAUGAGGGGCUGGAAAAUGAAGCAGGGACGAGCUGCAUCCCCAAACCCCUCCACAAACAGCCUCAGGGAGGGAAUUUGGGGCUCAAAAUGCAAUUAGGGACCAACUGGAGCCCAAACCCCCUCCACAAACAGCCUUGGGGAGGGAAUUUGGGUCUAAAACCCAUCACAAGGGGCUGGAAAACGAAAUGGGGAUGAGCUGCAUCCCCAAAUCCCUCCACAAAGAGCCUCAGGGAGGGAAUUUAGGGCUGAAAAUGGGGAUAGGAACCAACUGGAGCCCAAACCCCUCCACAAACAGCCUCAGGGAGGGAAUUUGGGGCUGAAAACGGGGAUAGGAACCAACUGGAGCCCAAACCCCUCCACAAACAGCCUCGGGGAGGGAAUCUGAGGGCUCAAUCCCUUCCCAAGGCGCUGCCAAACAACCCCAAACCCCCCAAACCUUUGAGCCCCCCAUUGCUCCGGGGACCCCCCCAUCGCCCUGGGGACCCCCCCCACCUUGUACUCGCCGGCGGCCGCCUCGAGGGGCACGAGGACGUGCGCGCGGUGGCGGUGGGAGAUCUCGCACAGGAGGCACACGGGGGCCUGGUCGUCGCGGCAGAAGCGAGCCAGGGCUUGGCCGUGAAGCGGGCACCGGGUGCCCUCGGCCGCUUUCCUUUUGGCACCGCGGAGCUUGCGCGCCGCUUCCACCAGAUUGCCGAGCUGCCGGUUGGGGCGCAGAGCGCGGCGCCGGCAGGUUUUGCGGCACACGGGGCACGGGAAGUCGCGGAGCAGCUCUGCCCACCAGCGCGUGAUGCAGCCGCGGCAGAAGUUGUGGCCGCACUCGAGGAGAACGGGAUCCUGCAGCCCCAGCAGAGCGGGGCGCGGUAAGACCCGCCCCCUUCUCGGAGCCGGCCAAUGGGGAGCGCCGGCCCCGCCCACCCGGAGGGGGCGCGGCCAAUCGGGAGCGCGAUGGCGGCGCCGGUGAAAGACCGGGAGGUGCUGCAGAGGCUCAGCUUCCUGUUCCAGGCCGCGCACUGGGUGCUGCCCCACAGCCCCGCGCUUGCCCGCUUCUACUGCAGCAUCCAGCGCGGGACCGCGCGCCGCCUCGUCCUGCGCCUAUCCCCCUCGGUGAAGCGCGUCGUGUGCCGCCGCUGCUGCUCCCUGCUGCUGCCCGGGGCUGGGGGGUGCCUGCGCCUGCGAGGUCGGGGCCAGCCCCGCACCGUGCUGCGGUGCCGGAGCUGCGGCCGCCACCGCCGGUACCUCUGCCGGGAGCCCCCCAUCCUGGAGACCCCCCCCUUGGAGACCCCCACUUUGGAGCCCCCCCCACUGGAGCAAGCCCCGGCCCCAGGGGACCCCCAAGGAUAAACCCUGCCCAGCAACAGAGCGGCGACAUGAGCUCGGAUUGGUCCCCGCAGAAGCGGCCUGUACCCAAUCAGAAAACGCCGUUUGCGGAAAUAAAGCUGCCUUUAUUCCAUA